CAGCUGUGCGUUGCAAUUGGUGCGUUGUGAGUGUGGCGCAUUCGGCCGAGGGAACGGCAAAGUGAAUCAGCGGAGUCAUCCGUAACACCGCCGCCCUGUGAGGAUGGCGGGCCGCUGAGCCAGGUGAGGGCUGCGCUGCAUCAGGCCAGGUGAGGGCUGCAGUGGGCCACACUGGCUCUGCAAUGACUGCAGAUCUCAGCGCAGGAUUCAUCAUCCGGCGGAUGGGCGUAGCUGACUGAGGGAGGCGAUAGCAGCAUACAGGUGAGAUGAUUCAAUGGACUCAUCCAUCCAUCCACCCACCGUGUGUUUGGUUCGUGCAGCUUGGUUGCCUCAUCGCAAUGGCGGCCUCCAGCUCUGCUGGUGGUGGUGGUGGUGGUGGUGUUAGUGUGCCCAAGUGCAGUGUGUGUAAGGAUGAAUACCAAUCGGACGGCGACAAGGCACCCCACGUCCUCAGAUGCGGUGAGCAAUGCACACACACCGCACACAAGGCCAACACGUGGAUCAGUGUGGCUCUGUCUGGUGUGUUUGGUGGUUUCUGUUUGCUCAGGCCAUUCCUGCUGUGCGGCGGUGAGUGAGUGGGAACUUAAACGAGUGUUGGUGACAAUGGCAUGCCAUGUGUGUGUCUGCAGUGCGUCAGAGGGCUCAUCCGCACACACCCACAUGGCCGUCGUGCUGCCAAGUGCGCCAUCUGCAGGUACGCAUACGUAUCAACGCGACACACAUGGGUGAGUGAAUGGCCUCAUGGCUUCUCCCUCCUUUGUGUGUCCAUCGGUCGAUCAGGGCGGCGACUGCGGAGAUCGACGUCCGUCCCAACCACGGCAUGAGAGAGGCCAUGGCGGCGCUGCUGGCGAUUCACAUGCAGACGGUGCAAACAAUCCGACAGACAAUGUGACUUCGGCAGCCAUGGUCGCAUGUGUGUGCCGCUGUGUGUUGUUGGCAGGUUGAUGUGCCGCAGGGCACUUCGCUGACACGGCAGGAGUACUACGGCCUGCUGGGGCUGCUGGGGGACCAUACCAUGAAGCUGCAGUCCGUCUACCGGUUCGUAUGCAGCCGACACGCACACACACACACUCGCUCACACUAUCCAUCCAUGUGACAAGUUUUUCUCUUUUUUUUUGUCUCUGUGUGUGUGUGUGUGCAUCAGGGCAUCGCGUGACGGCACGACCUACGCCGAUCUACUGCGGUGUGUCGGCGACAAGCAGCGCCUGGCGUUUGUCAUUCGCAAGGACAACUACGUCUUCGGCGCCUUCAUCAGUGCCGGUCUGAAGCUGCCCGACGACCCGACCGACUGGCACGAGUACGACUGUGACUACGACUGUGACGUGUGGCAUUUCUCGCUGGCCGGGCACUUCCCCCAGCCGACCAAGAUCGAGUCGGGGCAGUAUGUGUGGGUGGCGGGGAGGGAGAAGAGUGGGUUGGGUGGGAAUGUGGGGAUCGGUGACAAUAUGUGGCUGGGUGUCAGUGGCCGGCCGGCUGCCGACAUCCGCAGCUGCUUUCAGUACACCUACAGCCACCAGGUGCCCGCGGGCUAUGUGGGGGUGAGAUGUACGGACCCCGCACAGUGCAGUGCACUGCUGGGCGGGUCGUAUCAGUUUUGUGCGGAUGAGAUAGAGGUGCUGCACGUGGGCGGGACAUGAGGGCGGUAGGUCAGUGACAAAGGGAGGGGGAGGAUGUGUCUGUGUGUGAGGUGUCUGUCAUGAGAUUCCUCUUUUCUCCCCAUGUACAGGAGGGCUCUGUGGAUUGUGUGUGUAUAUGGCGCACGGGCUGUCUGUCUGCACAGCUUAUUCCAUAUGUCCAUUGCAUCGCUUCUGAGGGCCAAAGAGACUGACUCACUGAUGUGAUCGACUCAAUGCACCUGCUGCAUCUGUCGUGUUGAUCUCUGUCUGUGUGUGUCUGUCCAGCUAAUGGCAACGCCACACUCUCUCACUCCCUGUCCAUCGGUAUGCACCAUGCACAGACAAAGAGAGUCGACAGGGACAGACCGAAACGAAUCAAAACAAACCCCAAGACAGCCACACAGAUGGCCACAGGUAGGCUAUGUAACAUCGGAUGUCUCUGGUCUCUCACGCACACGUGGGUCCUCCGCUUGCAAAAGGGCGGACAUCAAGUUCGUCGGUCAGCAGGUUCUGUGCGUGGCGAGGUCCGGC